AUGCUGCUGGAAUUUCGUCAGAACAAAUAUGCUGUAGUAGCAGACAUAAGUAAAGCUUUCCUUAGAAUAGGAAUUAAUGAAAAUCACAGAGAUUUCACAAGAUUCUUAUGGUUUGCUGAUAGAGAUAUUAAGCAUGUCAAGACUUUUAGAUUUAAGGUUUUAUUGUUUGGAGCUACUUGUUCACCUUUUCUGCUGAAUCAGACAAUACAGUAUCAUUUCCAAAACCAUUCAGAUCCCAUUGCCAGUUCAGUAAAGAAGUCCUUGUAUGUGGAUAACUUUAUGAAAACUUAUGAGAAAUGUGAAGAUUUAGAACUCGAGAGUAAUAAGGUAAACCUAAUUAUGUUGGAAGCUGAUAUGCCUUUGGGAGAAUGGGCUAGCAACUUGAGUUCAUUUAAUGAUAAACAUAGCCCAGAUACUGUCAACUUGAAUGCAGUAAAACUACUCGGUCUCUUGUGGGAUACCUGUAAUGACUCAUUGAGUGUAAAGAUGCCUUCUCAGAUUGUUACAUAUGUGAAUAAUCUAGGAAAUGUUGUACUUUGA